UUGCUAGGGACUACCCCGGUUGUUUGAAUGUGGAGUACAGGUCCUAUAUGUAGACUAGUGGCUUAUACAGGUUUAUAUACAUAAAUAUAUUAAUUGUUUGGAAAACUGUGACGGGAGUAAAUUCUACUGGAAGAAACUUUUAAGCAGUAGACAUGUCGCAGGUAGGGAUACCUCGGCCAGCCUCAAUUGGUCAAAAAAUGGGGGUAAAUCUCCCCCAAAUCGAGCAUCCACUGUCUCGCAUGGGUAACCCCACUAAUAUGGAUGUGAGAGGGGUGUCCCGCUCUGGGGACAGACCUCUUUCCCACCCCACUGGUCGACCGUUGGCAAACGAGAACAUAUACACUGCCAGAAAGAGUCUGAGCGCCCAUGGCCGGGAUAGUAGGGUAGCAUCCAGACAGAUGAUGGCUCCUCUCCCCAUAGAGAGCAUUCCCGAGGGGGUGGAGGUCACUUACGGAGACCCCACGAAGACCAGACUGCCAGUAUUCGGACAGAGUAACUGUGAAGCAAAGCCGGGGAAUCGCGCCGAUAUGGGGAGCCGUAUGGAGAACGGUGCCCCUCCCAGCAGAAUGUCCUCCCGCCUGUCUCAAGUCUCCCAACAGGCCAGGCUAGAGAUCGAUGAAAUAGAGACCAUGCUAAGGCAGAGAAUUAAGGGUAGUUAUUAUGAAAUCAAGAAGAAGUUUAAGGACAACGAUCCGGAACAGAAAGGAAAUGUCUCUAGAGAGGCAUUCUACAGAAUCCUGAUGACCAUACUAAACAGGAACCUAUCUCAGAACGUGUUUAACCGAUUAAUGGACAGACUGGGGUUCAAGGACAAACAGAUUAUCAAUUAUAGCGAAUUCUUCGCCUACUUCCACGAGGCACAAGCUCAGAAUGACUAUCCUCGCUGGAUGGACCCUGUCCAGCGUAUGUGGCCAGACAAGGCUACGAUGAAUUCGUCACAAGUCCACGCUCAACUGAAAGAAAAAGUUAGACAAAAGUUCUUAGAUAUUGCCGAUUUAAUACCUCAAAUGAACCCUGGAGGAACGGGAAGAAUUCUGAAACCCGAAUUCAGACAAAUGCUGAAUAAAUUAAUGUUUUACAUGGAAGACACAGAAUUUGAAAAACUUUGGAAAAAGUAUGAUCCUAACAAUACUGGAACAGUCAACGGCCCACAGUUCCUGAACGCUCUGGGUAUUCAGCUGGAGAAUGGAGAUGAAAGGAUCAAAUCUCCUAUACAAGGACCUUCAUCGAACAGAACACCAAGGAAGAAGGAGAUUGAGAGGAAACAGUCCCUGGAUAUAGAGCGCUGGCUAAAGAGCAAAUUCAGAGAGGGAUGUCAUCAGAUGCAGGAGGCGUUUGAGGCCAAAGACUCAUCAAACAAAGGCGUGGUGAGUUUUGACGACUUCUUGGAAGUUUUAGCUCAGUUCCACCUGAAGCUGGAGAAAAAGCUCCUUGCUGCCUUCCUGUCCAGAUGUGCCGUACAAGCCCACAGAGAUGGAGUUCCCUACAGAGACUUCCUCCACCGAUUCCAGGACCGCUCUGAAAUUGGCAUGACCCACAACAUCCUGACCAACACAAAGCACAGGGUAAAUGACAGACCCGCUAGCCCCAGUCAGGUUUCCUCAAUUAGCGGCAUUGAAGUACAGUUGAUGAACAUGUUCCAGAGAGAUUUCUUGGCUCUUCUAGGAACCUUCAAGAGCAUAGACAAAUUAGGUCUAAAUGUAAUCAGCCAAGAGGAAUUCAGAGCGGCCAUUGAGAGUCGCUUUAAUUUCCACCUCCAAGAUGACCAGUUUGAGGCUUUUGUGGACAGACUUCCCCUAGAUGAUGAUGGCAAUAUCAAAUAUGCUGACUUUAUGCAACAAUUUGACACAAAAGGCAAAGCCAAGAGCCUUUUUGAUAAAGAGAAGGAUGUGGAUACAUCUGGUCCUCCUAAGGUACCAAGUCCGAUCCCAGAAGUAGGUCCCCCAGAGAUGCCAGAGGGUAGCCCAGUGGAUAGACUUGUCAUUGAUGAACCAGUGAUGGCAGAUUACGCUCAAGUUCGCCGCACGCCACAGGAACUGUUCAAAGUCAUUAAAGAUCUUAUGAACAGACGAUUCCAAGAUAUAGAAAGAGUAUUUUAUGAACUAGAUGAAAUAAAUAGCGAAAGACUAUCACAAGAAAUGAUGUAUCAACUACUUAAGAGAUUUGACAUAAGACCAGAAGUUUCUCGUGGAGAAAUUAGAGACCUCUGGAAGACAUUUAUUACCAAUACAGACAAAACCUUAGACUACCAUGAGUUUAUCCGCCAUUUUGGAUUCUCAAAGAAGUCGGCUUCCUUCCCCAAUGCUAAACUGAACCCACCCAAGAGAGGAGAUGCCGACUACAUGAUCAGAUCAAGGAAACUCAACUGUGCUGCCGACAUGUUGGAGGACAGUUUGAGGUCAAAGGUCGAUUACAUGUGGGAGGACCUUAGAAAGGAAUUUGUGGAUAUGGAUCCCUAUGGAACCGGCUACAUUACAAGAGAGGAGUUUAAGGAUGUUCUCACUGAGCUCUGUGUACAUCUCAGUGAGUUUGAGAUAAACAAACUCAGUGACAAGUUUGAUCUGAAGAGAGAUGGACGGGUUUCUUAUAUCGAGUUCUUGAAGCCAUUUGCCCUUAGAAAACAGAUCUGGCGUCAUGGUAACAACAUGCUUUCUCUGCUUGCUCACCCUCAACCAGAACUGCCAAUUCCUGAUAUUGUAGAACCUCCUCAGAAGGGUCUCCAUGGUAUCACUUCUAAACUGAGACAGAAGCUUGCUGGAGACUGGAAGAAUCUACGUAGGGCUUUCAGGAAACUUGACACAAAAAAUGAUGGUUAUCUAUCAGUUCCUGAGUUCCGUUCAGUCCUGAAACUGGCCAAUGUCAUUUUGGAUGAAGAUGAAGUUUAUCAUGUUCUUACUCAAUUUGACCAAAACAUGUCUGGCAAAAUUCCAUAUGAAAAGUUCAUUGAUGAAACAUUCAAACCUGCAACAAGACAGAGUGUACGAAAAAUCUAACAUUUUAACAUAUUUACUAUUUCUUGUUUUGUGAGAUGUGCCCCCAUAUGAGAAGUGAAUGUACAUGGUGGUAAACUUAUGAAUAUUGAAGAAAAAUACCUUUAAAACUUUGAAUGUCAACAAUAUUUUUAUACUUGUAUACUUAUAAUUUUUCAUAUCAUGCCGAUUCAUUCAUCUUGUUCCCAUUGUGAACUGUCCGUGAGCCUGGACUCUGAUGUGAUAACUUAUUUUUGUGGUGCAUCUACGUGUUUGCUGUCAUUCCAAGUCAUUGUAUUUAUAUAUAUUAUAUAACAGUAUUAUCAGCUCUAGGUGUGCACGUGACUUCCGGUUUUGAGCAAUAGGUACACUACAAUUAGGAUGUAAAGUAAAACCCCAUGAAGAUUAAAACUUUGAAGCACCCUUCUUGAAUCCAAUACUUUAUAGCGUUUGGUUAAUCAUGAAAACAAUAUUUUGUGACUGUAUUGUGUAGAAGACUGUGUUAUUUAAUUUUUGAUUGAAGCGAGCGAUGCUUUUUAAUGCUACAUUGUACCGUGAUUUGUAGGGCUGCUCCACACCUUGUCCUGAUGUGAUGGAAACUGUGAUAUUUCUUUUGUCUGCAUCUACGUCUCCACUAACAUUACAUGUAUUUGUUACAAUAUCGUUUUACAAUAAAAUUGUAAAAAUUUUA